AUGAAUAAUCAGCCUGUUCAACCUCAAAACUUAGCCCACAACAUACCUCAAAACACUAAUACAUCUUUCGAUAAUCUUACAGCCGUGCAAAAAUUUGAAAUUUUAGAUAAAGAAGAUGACAAUUUUUACAAAGACCAAAGUAUUAACAACCAUUCUAACAAUUAUAAUCAAAUUUUGGCUUGGGUUAAAGAACAAGUCAAGUCUAUUGGAAAACUUAAUUUGCCCUUCGAUUUUAAAGGAGGUUCUUGGAUUGUUGGAACUUAUCAGAAUGAUGACGCAGUCCCACCAUUAGUUAAAUCCUCUCCAUGUUGCAUCUCACGUGGUUCUCUUCCGAGAAGGAUGUCAGUAUUUCUUCCGAGAAGGAUGUCAGUAUUUCUUCCUCGUAACAUUCACCAAGCAUCACAUUACGUUAUUGAGGUCAAACGUAUGAAUAAUCAACCAAUGAUGAGAGUUCAUAAAUGGAAUGAAUAUAGUGUUGUGGAGCGAUGUGCCAAUAUUGCUUCCAAUGUCAAAAGAUGUUGUAAAUU